UUUAAAGCGUCCCGUCCCGGGCGCGGCGGGGCUGGCGAGCCUGGCGGCCGGGAAGCGGCGUGCGGAGGUCCCGGAGCAGCGCGCCGGGCCCAGUGCCCAGGACUGCCUUUCCCGGGCCGUGCGGGCGCUCCGAGUUCCCCGACGCCCCCUGCGCCCCACUCCGCUCUGCGGGUCCCGAGGGCCCGGCCAUGCGCCCAAGCUAGCGCGCUCGGGGCGCAGCGCCGACCGGGGCCGCCCCGCCGCCCGCCGCCGCCGGCAUGGGGGUGCUGCGCCCGCUGCUGCUCGCCGCGCUCUGCCUGGCCGGCCGGCUCCGACCCGCCCGCGGCUGUCAGCUGCCGUCGGAGUGGCGACCCCUGAGCGAGGGCUGCCGCGCCGAGCUGGCCGAGAUCAUCGUGUACGCCAAGGUGCUGGCGCUGCACCAGGAGGUGCCCGGCCUCUACAACUCCCUGCCCUGGCAGUACGAGGCCGGCGCGGCGGGGCUCUUCUACUCAGCCGAGAUCGAGAUGCUGUGCGACCAGGCGUGGGGCAGCAUGCUCGAGGUCCCCGCCGGCUCCAGGCUCAACCUCACCGGCCUGGGCUACUUCUCCUGUCACUCCCACACGGUGGUCCAGGACUACUCCUAUUUCUUCUUCCUCAGGAUGGAUGAAAAUUAUAAUCUCUUGCCUCAUGGAGUCAAUUUCCAAGAUGCCAUCUUUCCAGACACUCAAGAGAACAGAAGGAUGUUUUCCAGCCUUUUCCAGUUUUCAAACUGCUCCCAAGGGCAGCAGAUGGCAACUUUCUCCAGUGACUGGGAGAUCCAGGAAGACAACAGGCUCAUGUGCUCCUCGGUGCAGAAGGCCCUAUUUGAGGAGGAGGACCACGUCAAGAAACUGCAGCAGAAGGUGGCCACGCUCGAGAAGCGGAACAGGCAGCUCCGAGACCGGGUGAAGAAGGUCAAGCGGUCUCUGAGGCAGGCGCGGAAGAACGGCCGCCACCUGGAACUGGUGAACCAGAAGCUCAGUGAGAAGCUGGCGGCCACAGCGGGAGCCCUCCCACACAUCAAUGCCCUCAGGCGGGAACCUGCAGGCAGCACCUACCUGCUGGGAUAGCCGGGACCCCACGGCCUCAGCCACAUUGCUGGGUGCAUUGCCUCUCUCCAGGGAAUGGAGGGUGAUGACGGUGUUGGACAUACACAUAUUUCAGAUCUUGUAGAAGAUACUUUUACUAUGCACUUGGUAGUGUCUAGCUGGUUUAAAGGGGAAGUCUUGUUGCCCCUACCUGGCCUGGUCCCAGACACAGUGCUUUGAAAUCCAGAGGCGGCAGCAUCCUCGUGGCUGUGUGCUUGCCUAGAGCCUGUCCUCAGCUUCUGGGAGUAGCCUGCAAAAUGCAAAGAACAUUUUAGACUUUCUAAAUGUAUGAGAUAUCACAGAGCUUGGGCUUAUUUCAAAAGAGAAGGUAGUAUGGUUGUAGCUCCAAGCUACAGAACAACUACUAGUUCUGAGGAGUGAUCUGAAUCACGUCAUAGAACCAUCUGAUGUCUCAUUUUCUGACCUUUGGAAGAGGAUGCUGGCCUUGCUAAGCACUCAAGGAUGCCUAUAAGUAACAGGUGCAGGGUGUCCCUCCUCUGGCCAGCAUUUUCUCACAGCUGAGGCACAUUAGGCUUAAUGAGCUCAGCACAGGUAGGGGAACUGAGUUGGGCAGUAGGUCAUUAAAAAGAGAAAUUAUACCCAAUUUCCAAUACCAGCUUUAAUCAAGAGAGACAUGGCCUUUAGGGGCCUGUCAGGUUUCAUCACACCACAUUCUGAAGCUGGAAAACCUGAAGUUAUACUUUGCCCCUUCUAAAUUUUAACUUCUGUUUGCUCAGUAAUUUCUUUAAACUUUUCCAAAUUCAAGGUGAGCUGUCUUCUGUAAAGACACCUCCUUACGUAUUGGGGUCAGAUGACCUUACCUUAUUCUCAUCCAGGUUCCCAAAGGGCUUGCUCCAGGUGCUCUGAUCUCUUGCUUCUUUAUGCAAACACUUGCCACCCGCCAGGACUGACCGUGCCCUGGAGUAAUGUUUGUACAUUCGUGCACCUAUAGUGACUGCACCUGUACACAAUCAAAACACUCAUCCUCUUGGGCUAGAAACCUUUUUACAGUCCUACAAGUAAAAAGUAGAGUGUUCACUAUAACUGCCAUUUGAGCUCCUGACUUAGGCACAAUCAAGCCCCAGUUGUGUUAGUGAGAGGUCAGUUGAGGGUUCUCUCUUGGUUAUCCUCUAUGGCUGGACCUCCAAACUACGUUUCCCUCCCCCACUUUUCCAGAGAGAAGCUUCUGGCCCUUCACUGGGGGAUCAGCUGCCCAUAAACCACCCAUGACAGUACAGGCCCGAUUACUGUCUUUGACAUUGACAAUGGCAGUUACUGUAAGAUUUCAGUUCUACUGGCAACCAGUCUCGGGGGUGGACUUUGUGCCACUUGGGUCUUGGUGGCAGUCUCCUGCCCUGGACUGAAUGGCAUUGGAACUUUUUGCUCAAGGGCACUUCAUUUCCAAGCUUCUGCCAGCACUUUAUUAGCUGUAUAUUUCCUAGUGGGGUACAAGAGAAGGUGCAUCUUCUAGAUUAGUCUUCCUGGGGACAUUUCCUUAGGGUGGUUUUGCUUUCACAGAAGGGAAUGACAAGCCUAAGGAUGAUUUAUAGUUGUGUUUGCAGAACUGUGGAAGCUGGGUCUCUACAGCUGCAGUAUGUUCUCCUUUUUCAAUAAAUACGCGUAAUAUUUCAGUC